AUGGAUUCUAAGACAAGGCCAUCCGAUCAGACCAUGUCUAAUAAUAAGGCAGAUAUGAACAGGGAGGUGAACGUUAUCACCGAUGAGACCUGUAGUUUUGAGGGAGACAUUGCCGAAACAUUAUUUAGGGCCGUGAACGAUGCGUCGGAGAGUAUUCCAGAGAACACGGCAAACGGUUACCAUGAGAAGAACAGCAACAGCACGCCUGCUAUAAAAUAUGACGGAAAUUUAAAUGAACUACCAAUUCAGGGCUUGAUGGAUGACAGAGGUAUGCAUGACGCUCAGGAAUCUAGGGAGAUGAAAGUAGUAGUUGAUAUGGACAAUUUAGGUGAGUCGAGCAGACCACAGUCGCCCGUCCGGCAUCGCAAGAACCGUUCCACAAGGCCUAUUGGAGAUCUACUUGAUACAAGAGAAGCUAAUGGAAACCUCAGCAGUACACAUUCCCUCCUCCCCCUACAGAGUCUUGAUGAGCUGGGGCGCCGACCGGGCACUGCAGGGGAUCAAGCGUGUAGUGGUAUUCAAAUAAAUGAGAUGAUUAGCAUGGAAGAGGAUAUAAAGAAGCCGAUCGAGUUGGUUGUGGAUUCAUCCAAGAUCCCCUUCCAGCCCGCGACCAAGGCGCCGACCCCCUUCAGCCAGAAAUUAGUCAUAACGUCUACGCCUGAGCCUUUAGAGUCGGACCUACCGUCUAUGCGUUAUCCCGCCCCGGCCUCCCUCCCGGUAACCCUUCUUGGGGUUAGCACCGACCUACGACGGAAGCGGAUCAAGAAGGUUAGCAAUUACAUUAUUGGCGCCCUACUCGGCGAGGGCACCUAUGGUGUUGUGCGGGAUGGGUUAGAUAUCUCCGGUGAGCGUAUCUUGCGCUGCGCGGUGAAGAUGUGCAACGUCAGUUCCGGGUCGACGACCGGUGCGAAGGAGAGACCCGCGCUGAAGCGCACCGACCACGCCGCCUACCUCCGCCAAGUCACCCGUCGAGAGACCGCGAAUCUUCAACGUUUCCACAGCCCUUACAUCGUCCGCGCCCAUGACAUCUUCACGAUGAACGGGAAGGAGUAUAUCAUUUUCCCGAUCGCGAUCUGCAGCCUGGAGCAGCUGGUGCAGUACGCGCGGCAAGGGGCGUCGGCCAAACCCCCCGCGACCCUCCCGGAAGCGGCCCCGGUCGGGGCCCCCCCCCCCCCGCCGCGGCGGACGAUGGGGUGA